CAAAAGCCCUCAGGGGGCUCUUAUGAUGAAAACUUUCCUACAUUCGCAGUUUCCACGCUAGCCGUCGCUUGAACCCAUCAUAGACGGCUCUGUGCGUAUUACUUCCUUGGAUGUCUGACUUUUUUGGUCAUCUCUUCAUGAUAAAUUCUAUGCCAUAUAUUUGGUCUCAAGCCUGUGCUAAUAUUGCUUGUUUCAGUGCAGAUAUAUUUAUAUUUUUUUUGUUCGCCUAUAGCUUUGGAUGGCAGAGGCAGGGGGUUUCGUGUGCCCUUGGGAUUCUUUUAUGUGGGAUGACCUGGGUGUAUGAUCGCUCUGCUCUGUUGAGAUUGCGGGUGAUUUUAGAUAGUUUUGAAUGUCAUGGAUGCUUAUUCGGACAAGAUUUUUUUUUCUUGCUGGUUGUGUUCGUAGUUUGCUGGCUGUAGUCCGUAACCUGCAGUGAAGAGCUGGUAGAUGUCGAUCGUAAGUAUUGCAGCGUAAACCAGCAAAACCUGGG